GAAAAACACCAUAAAAAUAACAAUUAUAUUCACGAAUAAUAAUAAUAAACACGUUUGAAAGCAGACGUGCGCGCGCCUGGCGUGUCCGCCGCAUUAAUAACGAGUUCAUUAUUAACAAAGAAAACGCUUUUUUCCCAGAAAAAUGGGAAAAAAUAAAUCAGAUGCAUCAGAAGAUUCAUGUAGAAGUUAGAAAAAACUGAAAAGUGUGGAAAAAAACAACAUCAGAUUUGUACACAAUAAAAAAAACAUAUAAACCCGAAUAAAUGUCCGGCUGUCUGCAAAAAUAUGUUAUUCGAUUCGUUUAUUGCAGUAAAUUAAUCUGUGAAAAUGUUAAUUAUUUGAAAACGUAAACGGUUAAUACUAGUAUUUAAUGUAAAAACAAUAUAAAGGCUGACAACUGGUGCAUGCAGAAAGCAUAAAAGCAUAAAAGCUUCCAUGAAAACAUGACCGCGUCCAGCAGAAAUAUGAACAUGUUUUUACAUUCAGUAAAAAAAAACAUUAAAGCUGAUUCCAAAACAUUGCAAAUGAAACUUACAGUUUCGUUGAAAAUCCGCACGACUUUUGUUAAACGACCAUUGCAGCUGCGAGUUUAAAUAAUAAUAAUAAUAAUAAUAAUAAUAAUAUCACGACGAAACACCGAGCAGCGGAUCUUGUGGAAACACAAACGAGUCGAAAACGGAAAAAAUGUCCAGAAAAAAGGGUGGAAAACGUUGAAAGCAGCUCUGAGUUCCUUAUUAGGGCGAAGAUACAAUAUUUAUUCCGUGUCUCCUGGGAUGCUCCUUCUCCGUCUAUUGUCCUCCCAUUCCUCAGUGCUGAUGCUUAAUUUUCAAAACUUCUAUAUUACCAAGGGACCUACGACAUCAGCCGAGAAAUACCCUGCAAGUACAAAAUCCGUGAGCCAGCCCCGUCCGCGCAGAGGGGAGACGCUGCGUUCCGCCAGCUUUCCACCAAACCGAGAGCGCGCAAAACGGGAACUUUUCCAUCUCUCUCGCUCUUUUUGGAGGAUUUUAAAGCACUUUUAUUAUUAUUAUUAUUAUUAUUAUUGUUAUUAUUACUAUUAUUAUUCGAUCGGGUCGUAGAGGAGAGUAAGACCAAAAUAUUACGGGUUAUUUUGGAGACAGAACGAUGUCAGCGACCUUCCCCGGACUUGUCCACGACGCAGAGAUACGUCACGACGGUUCAAACAGCUACCGGCUCAUGCAGCUCGGUUGCCUGGAGUCGGUGGCCAACUCCUCGGUCGCCUACUCCUCCUCGUCGCCGCUCACCUACCCAGCGCCGGCGGGGACGGAGUUCGCCUCGCCCUACUUCUCGGCCAACCACCAGUACACGCCCCUGCACCACCAGUCCUUCCACUACGAGUUCCAGCACUCCCACCCGGCCGUGGCCCCGGAGGCCUACGGGCUGAACUCGCUGCACUCCGGCCAGUACUACCAGCAGAUCCACCACGGGGAGCCCGCCGACUUCAUCAACCUCCACAGCGCGCGCUCGGCCCUCAAGUCCUCGUGCCUGGACGAGCAGCAGCGGCGCGAGCUCGGCUGCCUCGACGCUUACCGGCGCCAUGACUUGUCGCUGAUGACGUCACACGGCUCUCAAGCCUACGGCGUCGGCAUGCACCACCCGGACCAGAGGCUGCUGCCCGCCGCCGGCCUGGGCCUCCCUCCUCCGGCGGCGGACGACCUGCAGGGCUCCGUGGAGGCGCAGUGUGGGCUCGUCCUGAACGGCCAAGGGGGCGUCAUCCGGAGAGGGGGGACGUGCGUGGUGAAUCCCACAGACCUGUUCUGCUCCGUACCGGGUCGCCUCUCGCUGCUCAGCUCCACCUCCAAGUACAAAGUCACCAUCGCCGAGGUGAAAAGACGACUUUCACCGCCAGAGUGCCUCAACGCCUCCCUACUGGGCGGCAUCCUGCGCAGAGCAAAGUCCAAGAACGGCGGUCGGUGUCUUCGUGAGAAACUCGAUCGUUUAGGCCUCAACCUGCCGGCAGGACGGAGGAAAGCUGCCAACGUCACGCUGCUCACCUCCCUGGUGGAAGGUGAGGCGCUCCACCUGGCGAGGGACUUCGGCUACACCUGUGAGACCGAGUUUCCCAGCAAGGCGGUGGGAGAACAUUUGGCGAGGCAGCACAGCGAGCCGAAAGAGACCAACGCACGCAAGAAAAUGGUUCUGGCAACAAAGCAAAUCUGUAAGGAGUUCCAGGACCUGCUGAGCCAGGACCGCUCUCCUCUGGGCUCCUCCCGGCCGACCCCCAUCCUGGACCUGGACAUCCAGAGACACCUCACACACUUCAGCCUGAUCACCCACGGCUUCGGCACGCCGGCGGUCUGCGCGGCGCUCAGCACCUUCCAGACGGUCCUCAGCGAGAUGCUCAACUACCUGGACAAAAACUCGAGCGGCAAAACGAGCGGGCCAAACGAGCAGCAGAUCAACAGCAGCUCGGAAAAGACGCAGCUCCGGAAAACAGCUGAAUCCCAGAACAAAGACGGGAAGUCAGAAAAGACUGAGUAGCAUCUCUUACCCCCCAACACUCACACACCUGGUUGCCGUGCCUUGGAGCGCUGAAUCUUAGGAGCGUAUCUGUGUGUGUGUGUGUGUGUGUGCGACUCCCACACAUUUUGAAUAACUUCUUAAGGAAAUAUUUAUUCCUAUUUAUUUAUCUUAUGUGGAAGUCUAACACUAAUUUAAGUUUCCUGAAUAUAGAGAGUGAGAAUACACUAAAUACAAAAUAUUACAAAGUAUUUUUGGUCUAGUUUCUGGUGUAAACAACUAAAUACAUUUGAAAUUAGACAAAACUGACUUUAAAAGUAACUUUUCAGCUCUUACAAAUGAUAGAAAACGUAUUGCGUGAAACUAAUCUUCGAUUCAAAACGAGCUCCUACUGUACAUCUUAUUGAAAAGUUACUUAUUUUGUUUUAUUUCAAGUGCACUAAAAUAUUUGCACUAGGGACUCAACCACAUAUACUUGGUAAUAUUUUGUGUUUUUACAAUGAACAUUUAGUUCUUUAUCUAUUUAUUCUGAAAAAGUUUUAUUUUUCCAGGUCAGGGUGUGAAGCUCUACAAAUCAGUGCAUUUGUUCUGCAAAAUGGCAAAACCAUAAAAUGUUUUCCUGCUCUGAUAAUUGAUCUGUUCAGAUUGUUUGAGGAGUAAUUGAUCCAAAAUCAAUUGCAAAUUUUGACAUUUUGUUUCUCUGCAUUAUUAGCAGAUUAGAUGUGAAUGCAGAACUGUCAUGACCUGAAGAGCUCUUCAACCUGAAUCAGGAUUUUUAUGUUGGAAUCGCCUUGCAAAAGUUUUCCUGCCGCUUGACUUUUUCACUUUUUUGUCUUGUUGCAGCCACAAGCUGAAAUGUUUCAUUUGGAUUUCAUGUGAAAGACCAACACAAAGUUAAGCAUAGUUCAAAAAAAAAAGAAAGCACACAUAUAUAUUUUAGUUUUUUAUGUUUUGUAUAUGUUCAACAGAUUCCCCCAAAUUAAAAUAUAGUACAAUCAACCACCUUCAGACUUCACCUAAUUAGCAAAUUAUUAAAUUGUAGCCCAGCGGUGUCAAACGCAUUUUUGUUUUGGGCCAAAUCAAGACCAUGAAUGCUCUUAAAAACCUGUUCACAAACUGUUAAAAUAUCAAUGAAUCCUUAAAAUUAAAUAAUAU